AUGAGGACCGCUUCCGCCCUUGCUGCGGGUACACUGUUCGCUACCGCGAUCAAAGCUCAGAAUGGCGUCGUUCAAUGGGGUAUCGAGCGGAAGCAACUGAAGCCCAAGCUGGGCAAACGUGCCGGCUCAACAUUCGAGGAGGUCAUCACGAACGAGCAAGCUCGAGGAGGUUACUUUGCCACUUGCAGCGUGGGAACUCCGGCACAGGACUUGACCCUGCAGUUGGACACUGGCAGUAGCGACAUUUGGGUUCCCUACAGCCAAGCCAGCGUCUGUCAAGGCACUUCGGGCUCGGAUGCUUGCACAUUCGGAUCUUUUGAUCCCGACUCAUCUUCAACCUUCGACAAUGUUGGUGAGGGCGAAUUUAGCAUAUCGUACGUGGACGGCAGUCAUUCCAAAGGUGACUACUUCACCGAUGCAUUCCAGAUUGCCGGUGCCAAUAUCAGCAACGUGACCAUGGGCCUUGGAAUUAACACGGACAUCCCCUACGGCCUCGUGGGUGUCGGUUAUGCUCUCAACGAGGCUAUUGUGUUCGGAGAGAACUCAGAGUCGGCCGCCUACCCCAACUUGCCGGUAGUGAUGAAGCAGGAUGGCCUGAUCAACUCCAAUGCCUACAGCCUAUGGCUCAACGAUCUAGACUCUAGCACCGGAAACAUCCUCUUUGGCGGCAUUGACACCAAGAAGUAUGAAGGCGACCUGACUAGGAUCUCGAUUUACAAGGAUCCUCAGACGGAAGAAUUCACUUCCUUCAUUGUGGCUCUCACCUCUCUUACGGCCAAGAGCUCUACCGGAAACGAUACUCUUACGUCUACAACGUUCCCAAUUCCUGUGGUUCUUGACUCUGGAACAACACUGUCGUAUCUCCCAACAGAUCUCGCCGAACAGGUCUGGCAGGAGACUGGAGCCAUCUACAAUGGUGAUCUGGGACUAGCAGUCAUCCCAUGCUCCAUGCAGAACAGCAAGGGUACCUUCACCUUCGGAUUUGCUGGCCCCGAUGGCCCUCAGAUCACAGUCGGCAUGGACGAGCUUGUGUUGGAUCUUACUAGUGGCCCGGCACCAACGUUUAGUGCUGGUAGGUAUAAGGGCCAGGAGGCUUGCGAGUUUGGCAUUCAGAACUUUAGCAGUGAUCCCUUCCUGCUCGGCGACACUUUCCUGCGAUCUGCCUAUGUCGUCUAUGAUCUCGAGAACAAUGAGAUUGGCAUUGCGGCCACAGACUUCAACGCCACAGAGUCAAACAUCGUUGCCUUUGCAAGCGAGGGUGCUCAGAUCCCUUCAGCUACAGAGGCUCCGAACCAGGCCCAAGCUACCAAUGUCCCCAGCUUCACACAACCGGCCUAUGCUGCAGCAUCUGGCUUUGGUGUGGAUAGUGCCGCAUCGAUGCCAUCCCCUUUGGGCAUGUCACAGAUGCUUGUGCUUGGGGCCGCACUUGCUUUGACCUCUGUUGGCACUGGCUUCUUCUCCUUCUUCUAG